ACAAUAAUGUUAGGUGACAGCGAGAGUGGGACGUAUUGUAGAUAGAGAGAGAGAGAAGCCGCAAGCUUUGUUGUUUUGCAUUCUAGUUGUGGCUGUGUACGGUUAAACAGUUUAUUGCACACGGAUUUACAAUGAAAACGAUAUGCACAUUUAUCGUUGGUUGUUUGGUGUUGUACUUAGCGGAUUGCAGACCAGUAGAAAUUAUAUCGCAAACAAAUGGAAUGGAUAAUUCUGGCCAAUUCGUAUCCAGUUUUAGGUUAGACGAUGGAACCGGACAAGAAAAAGUGGGCGAAUUAAUGCCAAACACAAAUGGACAAAAUGCCAUUCUCGUACAACAUGGUUCAUAUACGACAAACGUCGAAGGUCGGCUCAUAACCUACAACUGGGUAGCUGACACAAGAGGUUUUAGAAUAUCGAAAGCUUGAAAUUUAAUCAAUUAUAACAUGAUCAGAUGAAUAAAAAAAUAGUUUAUAAGUCAUAA